AUGAGGAUUAGGUAUGAACAGAAGCAGGACUGGACGAGUGAACUACUCGCCGACAAGAGUUGGCGUAUGGAAAUGGUGAACUUCACGCAGAGCUUCACGAUAGCGCCCAACCAAUCGUCGUCUGUCAAUCUUCUCGCCGACAGCGUGAGAUUCCACGAGACUUUCGCUCCGACGGGCAUCACGAUUGACCGGACGAUCUCGCCGAUCUUGUACGUGAUCGGCCUGUCGUGCAACCCGCUCUCGGCGUACAUCUGGCUGAGCAGGAAGACUCGCCGCAACAACUCGUCUGCGAUCUAUCUGGGAGUUCUGUCCAUCUCGCACUUCAUAUUCCUCAUCCUGCACAUAUUUGUCGAACUGAACGUCGCCUGGGGGAUCAAGACCUACAACAAGCAGGUGUCGUGCGAGGUCUUCUACGCCUUCUACUACAUCCCACAAUACCUUGCGCCUCUCUUGAUCCUGGGUUUCACCGUGGAGCGCUACAUCGCCGUCUGCCACCCGUUCAAGAAGGAGAAGUUCUGCACCGUCAGACGUGCCUUCAUUGUCGUCUGCGCGCUGCUAGCCUUCUCCGUCUGUCUGGGCCUGAUGCAGGCCUACAUCUGGACGUUCGACCCCAUCUACAGGGACUGCAACCACCGCGAGGAGGUCAGCCGGGGCGGAGAGGCCAGCUUCGUGAACGUGUGGACCUGGACCACCGAACUGCUCAUGUUCGGGGUCGUGCCUCUGGCCGCCCUGCUCUUCAAUAUCCUGGUCAUUCACGAAAUCAAAUCUCUGACCAAUCGCGGACCGGCUUACCAACAGCCCGGGAGUGGGUCGCCAAUGGCGUCGACCGUUACGUUGUUGUCGGUUUCGUUUUACUUGAUCUGCACGUGGCUGCCCGCGACGUUGGUGUAUUCAUUGCAGACGCUGUUUUUCCCCAAUCCUUACGUGUCCAAGGAGGAGGUUAAAGACGACCCCACCUGGCAGAGAUACUUUGUGUACUACCCAGUGAGGAAGAUAGUGGAGGAGAUAACGCUGUCCAACUCCGCGUGUUAUUUCUUCAUAUACGCGAUCACAGGCAAACACUUCCGUGAUCGAGUGGUCGCCAUUUUCGACGUGAGGCGUUGCAGUAGGUGUAAGCAUGCGCGGCAGAAGAAGCGCACCGGAGACAGCAAGUAUUAUGUUGCCGUGUCCAAAAUGGAACACGUGACGAACGGUAACACCAUCGAGACCAAUGUGUAGAGUGAAAAUGGUCCAUCGGUCUCCAGGAAUCCACAGAUUUUUGAGCCUUACUGAUUUACAUUUUUCAUAGCUCUGGAUUAGUAUUCAAGUGUUUGUUACGACAGAUUCAGCAUGGAACAGUGGGGUUUUUUGUUUUUUUUUUUUAAGGGGGUGUUUUUUUGGGGGGGUUUUUUCAGUUUUGGAGUUUUUUGGUUUUGUUUUGUUUUGUUUUUUGGGGGGUUGGGGGAGAGUGCAGAUGAAUUCUGCGCAUACCUAAAACGGUAGAGAAGAGGAUUAUCUUUAAGUUUCUGUUGUUUUUACCGGAUUUAUUUUUAGGGGCUAAUCCAACCCCACCCCACCCCCACCCCGCUCCCCGCUAGCUACGGCCCUGUGCUGUUCCCAGCCUAAAAUGAGAAGAGGGAGGCAGUGUUAAAAAGAACUGGGGCACAGUUGUAUACGAUCCCUUCCAGCUAAACUAAAACGGCAUGGCGUAUACAUUUAUUAAAUCAAUCUUUCAGCUAAGUGACUCGUUUCAACUAAAAGUGACACUUUUGAAUUUAAAAAAAGAAAGAAAAGAGUGUCAUAUUUUUCGGUGGGUUGGGGACAACAAUUGCAAAUCCUUGCCCCACUUACUAGUUGUUCCGGCCUCACCUAGUCGGGAUAAGCUCUGCCCUUCAGAGAGUUGAACACGUUCAUAAUCGCUGCGUCUACCUCACUAACGUUUUCCAUUCGUCUGGCAACGUCUCUUGUACGUGCUGAUCAUAAAUGCUGAUCAGAGAAGACAAAGAACGGCUAUCCCAGUAUUACAAAACAAGAUUUGAUACAGCAGCGUUUGAAUUAGGUGUUAAAAUAGAUAUAUUUAAACUUAUGGAAGUAAAGUUCUGUGUCGCCAUACUUGUGGA